AUGGAAAAACUGUUAAGUGGGCAUAUUCUUCCAAUAAAUCUUACACUUAUUCGUGUGAUUAGAGUAUUGAGAAUAGCACAAGAUACUGUUAUUCAAGCUCUUCCACAAGUUGGAAAUUUGAGUCUUCUAUUCUUUCUUCUAUUCUUUAUCUUUGCUACACUUGGUGUUCAAUUAUUCGAAAAAUUAGAAUGUAGUGAAGAAAAAUUAUGUAGUGGUCUCGAUAAACAUGCACAUAUUUAA